GACACACAAAUGCUGCAAUCGCAAUAGCGAGUAAUUUCAUUUAUCGCCCUCUUCAUUAUUUAAUAUUUAUUAUUAUAUAGUCUUGUGUCGAGAGAAGCUAUAGCAAUAGCAUUACCAAUACUUGAAGAAGAAAAACAACAUUUCUUUUACUUGUUUGUGGAAUAUAAUUAUGGAGAAGUGGUGGUUGCGGUGUUGUUCUUUAUUACUAUUAUUACUCGUAGUAAUUUUUACGGCGUCUUUUGGCACCGUCCACGGUGGCAAUGUCACCUACGACAAAACAUCAUUAGUUAUUAACGGCGAACAUAAAAUCCUCUUCUCCGGUUCAAUUCACUAUCCUCGUAGCACUCCUCAGGUAAUUGUCACUUAUGCAAAAUUGACUUCUAAGAUGUGGCCUAAUUUAAUUGCCAAAGCCAAGGAAGGAGGCUUAGAUGUCAUACAAACUUAUGUGUUUUGGAAUCUUCACGAACCUCAACUUGGUCAGUAUGAGUUUAGUGGAAGGUUUGAUUUAGUGGGAUUCAUUAAGGAAAUUCAAGCACAAGGUUUAUAUGUGACACUUCGAAUUGGACCUUACAUUGAGAGUGAAUUCACUUAUGGGGGUCUACCAUUAUGGUUACAUGAUAUUCCGGGAAUUGUAUUUAGAUCUAACAAUGAUCAAUUCAAGUAUCACAUGCAAAGAUUCACUACCAAAAUAGUCAACAUGAUGAAAUCAGCCAAUCUUUAUGCUUCACAAGGAGGGCCUAUCAUACUAUCCCAGAUUGAGAAUGAAUAUGGUAACAUAGGAAGGGCGUUUCAAGAGAACGGAGUGACCUAUAUGCACUGGGCUGCUCAAAUGGCCGUGGGACUCCAAACGGGUGUGCCUUGGGUAAUGUGCAAACAAGACGAUGCUCCGGAUCCAGUGAUCAACACAUGCAAUGGCAUGGAAUGUGGAACAAGAUUUAAGGGGCCGAACUCGCCUAACAAACCUUCACUAUGGACAGAGAAUUGGACUAGUUUUUAUCAAGCCUUUGGUGGAGUACCAUACCUGAGGUCAGCUAAAGACAUUGCAUAUAAUGUUGCCUUGUUCAUUGCAAAGAAAGGAAGCUAUGUUAAUUACUACAUGUACCAUGGAGGAACCAAUUUUGAUAGAAUGGCCUCUGCUUUCAUAACAACAGCUUAUUAUGAUGAAGCUCCACUAGAUGAAUAUGGUUUGGUUAGGCAACCAAAAUGGGGACAUCUUAAGGAGCUACAUGCUGCAAUCAAGUCAUGUUCACAAGCUCUACUUUAUGGAACUCAAACCACAUUCAGCUUAGGCUCACAACAACAAGCUUAUGUUUUCAGAAGCUCCACAGAAUGUGCUGCCUUCUUGGAAAAUAGUAGAAAUGGGGAUGUCACAGUCCAAUUUCAAAAUAUUCCUUAUCAAUUGCCCUCGAAAUCGAUCAGUAUUCUACCAGACUGCAAGAAUGUAGCCUUCAACACUGCCAAGGUGAAUGUACAGAAUAAUGCCAGAGCAAUGAAAACACAAUUACAGUUCAAUUCAGCUGAAAAUUGGAAAGUGUAUACAGAAGCCAUCCCUAAUUUUGACGAUACCUCAUUAAGAGCAAACACAUUAUUAGAUCAAAUCGGCACAGCAAAAGAUACAUCUGAUUAUAUGUGGUACACUUUCAGAUUUAAUGGAAACUCUCCUAAUGCUCAAUCUGUUCUUAGUAUAUACAGCCAAGGACAUGUUUUGCAUUCUUUCAUCAAUGGAGUUUUAAUAGGUUCAGCACAUGGAAGUCAUAACAAUAUGUAUGUUGCGAUGGAGAACAAUGUCAAUCUGAUAAAUGGGAUGAACAACAUCUCCAUACUUAGUGCAACAGUUGGAUUGCCGAACUCGGGAGCAUAUCUAGAAAGGAGAGUUGCUGGUUUGCGUCAAGUGAAAGUUCAAGGAAGAGAUUUCACUAGUUACUCGUGGGGAUAUCAGGUUGGAUUGUUAGGAGAAACAAUGCAAAUCUAUACAGCCACUGGAUCAAGUAAAGUUCAGUGGCAAAGUUUUCAAAGCUCUACUAAACCACUGACAUGGUAUCAGACCACAUUUGAUGAACCAGCAGGCAAUGACCCUGUAGUGCUUAACCUUGGUUCUAUGGGAAAGGGACUCACUUGGGUUAAUGGCCAAGGUAUUGGCAGAUAUUGGAUAUCUUUCCACACACAAAAAGGGACUCCUUCACAACAAUGGUAUCACAUACCUCGUUCCCUCCUAAAAUCUACCGGCAACCUACUGGUUAUACUAGAAGAAGAAACUGGGAACCCCUUAGGAAUCACUCUAGACACAGUAUACAUCGCAGAAGAUCAAGCAUCAUGAGUAAAAAGAGUGCUUUGUCUUCAAUCAUACUUUAGCGAAAUUAAACCGAUAUUGUGAGGAAUUUUCAAUGUAGGGAAAUAUAAUCUAGGCAGCUGAUUCAAGUAUCAAAGAAUUGAUAUAUAAUUAUUUGUAGCAUUAUUUGGCUUCAGGGUUACUGUAAAAGGGUUAUCUUACAUGUAGAGUGCCCAAUGGUAUAUAAUUAUUUGUAGCAUUAUUUUGCAUAGCCUUAUACGCCACAA